UGCGCCAGAUGUUUCCACCAACUAGAGAGCUGUAUGCUCCCACAGUGCGUUCGGGAGAAGGCGGAGGGGAGGGGGAGGAAUUAAGUAAAGGGAUGCUUAUGGCUGCCAAAUUCCGGGUACCAUCAGGAAAAAUAUAAUCUGUAAUGUAAAUACUCAUCGCGACAAAUAAACCAUGGACUCAAUGGGCGUUUUCGUGUGGCUUAUAUUAGGACAUAGUCAAAUCCAGGCUUUAGUCGACUACAAACAGAGAACUUUCUCUCAUAUGAGCGUGAUUACCAUCAUUUCGCGGUCACAUGCUGACCGGAAUGUCUACCCUUCAGCAGGAGUGCUGUUCGUCCAUGUGCUGGAGAGAGAAUACUUUAAAGGAGAAUUCCCUCCCUAUCCAAAGCCAGGGGACACCAGCAAUGACCCGAUCACCUUUAACACCAAUCUGAAGGGCUACCCUGACAGGCCAGGUUGGCUGCGCUACAUUCAGAGGACCCCACACAGCGAUGGAGUCUUAUAUGGGUCCCCCACGGCAGAGCAUGUGGGCAAGCCCACCAUUAUCGAGAUUACUGCCUACAACAGACGCACUUUUGAAACUGCCAGGCACAACUUGGUCAUAAAUAUCAUGGGUACAGAAGAGUUCCCUCUGCCCUAUCAGGCAGAGUUCUACAUUAAAAACAUGAAUGUGGAAGAGAUGUUAGCCAGUGAGGUCCUAGGAGACUUCCUUGGUGCAGUAAAGAAUGUAUGGCAGCCUGAGAGGCUCAAUGCCAUCAACAUCACUUCAGCGUUGGACCGAGGUGGUCGUGUGCCCCUGCCCAUUAACAACCUGAAAGAAGGUGUGUAUGUGAUGGUGGGAGCUGAUGUCCCCUUUUCCUCAUGCUUACGUGAGGUGGAGACUCCUCAGAAUCAGCUCCGGUGCAGUCAGGAGAUGGAGCCUGUCAUUACCUGUGACAAGAAGUUCCGAAUGCAGUUCCAUAUUGACUGGUGCAAGAUCUCUCUGGUGGACAUCACCAAAGUUGUCCCUGUGCACAACAGCCGACCGGACCCGGGCACAGGAGUGCUGCCGGAUAUUGGAGAGUACAAUCCGCCUUCGGAGUCACUGAAGAGUCGAGACUAUUUUGCUGACUUCCUGGUCACGCUGGCUGUGCCAUGUGCCGUUGCCCUUGUCCUCUUUGUCAUCCUGGGUUAUUCCAUGUGCUGCCGUCGGGAAGGGGUGGAAAAAAGAAACAUGCAAACACCAGACAUUCAGCUGGUACACCACAGCUCUAUCCAGAAGUCCACUAAGGAACUGCGCAGUAUGUCCAAGCACCGGGAGAUCUCAUGGCCCCUCUCCACACUGCCCGUCUUUAACCCUGUGAGCGGUGAGGUGGUGCCGCCCAUCCACCCGGACAGCUACGAGAGCACCAGCAUGCCGCUCAUGCAGACCCAGACAAAUCUUCAAAAUCAAAUCCAGAUACCACAGCAACAACCUUCAGGAGAUAAUUACAGUAUGUCUACAUUUCGAAGGCUGGAGGUAAAUGGUAUUCCUGAAGAGAGGAAAGUGGCUGAAGCUCUGAACUUGUGAUAAGAUCUGUCACUGCUUUCUGUUCCUCCAUACUUCAUGUUCCCAAUUUGUGCCAAACAUGCAUGUGCUAGCUCUGUGGACCUGUGCAUGUGUGUCAGAGUGCAGUGUAAGUGAAAUGUACACUAAUCCAAACUGCAGUUGGAGAUUAAAUGUAAUAAUGCCUAUGCUUACACAGUGCAUUUUAAGACAGUAUGUCAGCAUUCUGAAGUAUUUUGCUUUUCACUUCAGAAGAGAAACUGCCAUUUACAAAAGCACAUUUAAAGGGACUCACAGGCUUGAACAGAUGUUAAUUGUUUUCUGAUUGUGUUUGUUAAAUACACAACUUUAUUAAAUGUAAAAGGACAAAAAAAAGAUGUUUUGAUAAAUAAUUAAAUAAACUUGACAGUAUAAAACCAUAAUUUUCUGCUCUUAGUUUCAUGUGAAUGUGCACUUGAGUAUAUUGUGAUCUAUGCUAAUGAGAGUGCACCACAGCUGUACUGAUAUAAAACUGCUGGAAAAACUCAGCAUGAAACAUUUUCAAUAAGGUGUUUAUCACCAACAAUGGCUGUACAACAAAUAGAAUGUAUUUACAAAUUAAAAUGGAUAAAUUUCACAUUUCAAGACAAAACUGAAAUAUUUAUAUUAGUUUUACACUAACAGCAUAGGGGUAUGGAUUGUGUCUUUAAAUAGGACAAAAUUAAACUAUACAAACAUUUAAUAUAUAUGUACAAAAAAGUUUUAAAAAUCCAAACAUUUACAAUAUGAUGUCUCCUGGUUUAUUAUAGCAAUAAAGAGAAUUAAAGUCUAGAGCUGUUCAGUUCAAACGCUAUCAUUCACUUUAGAGAGAAGGUUCCUCUUUACAUUUAGCAACGCUAUGUCUUCCAAGAAUGGAAGAGGAUGCUUAAGUAGUACAGAUCCUUUGGAACCUGCAAAUCUGUAGUGUUACAAGAACUAUACUCUGAAAAGAUGCUAUGACAGAACAUUCUUAACACUUAAGUCUAUGUAUGAUCAGUCAUUAUAUUUCAAGCCUUUGGUCCUUGUAAAAGGAACAAUAGUUACCUCUAUGGCAUAACAGACAAACUGUAUUUACACAGUUGAGGACAACUAUAGGUUUGUUCUGUAUUUACAGAGUUGUGGAGAGCUAUAUGUUUGUUCUGCAAGAACCUGUACUAUAAAAUAUGUAGAUAUUACUCUCAAGAUGAUCAAAUAAAUCCAAACAGAGAAACAUCAAGGUAGAUCAGAUGAACACAGCCUUAGUUCAACUGCAUAAGCCAAUUUAAUAGCAAAGCAUGUCCAGUCACAGCUGUGGCUA